CUAGAAUCUCGCGCCUUACGUAAAGAAACCAGGAACGGAUAGUCAACAAACCUCAUUGCGCCCAAAAUUUUCCCUAUUUCUCCUUAAAUCCUGUCCUGACCUUCCCCUCCACGUGACCUCAGACUGACCUUGACCUCGCACACCUGUUGAUAAAAGCCACAGGGGCGAAAAGUGACGAGUGUUGAGAAAUAUUAGAAAAAAAAGAUUUAUUUUCUAGUUUUGUUUUGGUUGACGACUGUUUGUGUGUUUGUGUGUUCGUGAGUGAGGGAAGAUGUUUGCCGCCUCCACCACGCUCCUCCACAACCAGGUGGUCCUCCCCCUGUCCUGCAUCGUGUCCCAGUACUCGUCAGGGGUGCGUAUCACCACCCCCUCCUCUGCCCCCCGCCCCACUGCCGCUGCUGCCGCCCCCGCCACCACCACCACCACCGCUGCUCAUCCACUGCUUGAGGUGCUGCAGCGUCUGGGCGAGGGCGGCACUAACCUGGAGGAGGUGGCACGUCUAGUUACCCCAGCACUCCUUCGCCAAGUGGCACUGCUCGGCACCACCACCACCAUCACCACCCACCACCACCACCGCCACCACCAGCAGUACCCCAAACCGAGGCAGACGCUGUGGCAUGAAUCGCACAUCUCAGCAAACACGUUUCUCGAGAAUAAACACACCACCGCCGCCACCACCAGCCCCCCCCUGGCCUAUCACCCCCUGAGGCCGCUGGUGAAGGCUGCCCAGCGAGUGUUGCUGUCAUCACCACUCCUCCUGACCCCUCAGGUGACACUGGUGCGGGGCUUCAAGACGCAGCAGUCCAUCGAGAGGGAGGCGCUGCGGCAGGCCAGCUUCACAGACCGCCUCAAGACUGGCCUGAGGUCCCGGCAGCGCACCGCCUCCCACCGCACUCUGCAGCAGGAGGCGGAGACCAACCCAAAGCUUAAAGGCCUUCUGACGGAGAGUGGCACAGAGGAGGGGCAGCGUGCCAUCAAGGUCGCGUUUGCUGAGGGAUACCUGGCAGCAGACCCCCAGAAGCAGCAGUCCAAAGCUAUGAGGUGGAUCAGGAAUUUUCAGCAAGUUUUAGCCAUCGUUGUGUUCAUCGCCAUCCUCUUCUCUCUUAUGGGUGGAAUGGGAGGCUCAAUGUUCAGGAUGCAUGUGGGAAACGGCAAUGAGGUUCACCCUGAAGAGAUUACUGUGUCCUUUGAAGAUGUGAAGGGGGUUGACGAAGCAAAACAAGAACUGCAAGAGAUCGUCGAAUUUCUCCGUAACCCCGAGAAAUUCACGUCUCUCGGGGCUGAGCUGCCGAAGGGAGUGUUGCUGGUCGGACCCCCUGGCACCGGCAAGACCCUGCUGGCCCGGGCUGUGGCAGGGGAGGCAGGGGUCCCAUUCUUUCAUGCGGCAGGGCCAGAAUUUGAUGAGAUUCUGGUCGGGCAAGGAGCAAGAAGAGUGAGAGAUUUAUUUAGAGCAGCCAAAAUGCGAGCUCCCUGCGUCAUCUUCAUCGACGAGAUAGACUCAGUGGGCGCCAAGAGGUCCAACUCAGUACUGCACCCCUAUGCCAACCAGACCAUUAACCAACUGCUUUCAGAAAUGGAUGGGUUUCACAAGAACGAGGGGGUGAUAGUCCUGGGCGCCACCAACAGGAGGGACGACCUGGACAAGGCUUUACUCAGGCCGGGGCGUUUUGAUGUGGAAGUGCAGGUGCCCAUCCCAGACCUGGCAGGGCGGAAGGAGAUCUUUGAGUAUUACCUGGGCAAAGUGAAGGUGGGCGAUGACGUGGACAAAUUUGUGCUAUCCCGCGGCACCACUGGAUUCACUGGUGCAGACAUCAAGAACGUGACGAACCAAGCAGCUCUGAGGGCCGCAGCUGACCAGGUGGACGCUGUGUCAAUGAAACACCUUGAGGCGGCCAGGGAUAAGGUGCUGAUGGGGCCAGAAAGAAAGUCGCGUAUUCCGGACGAGGAGGCGAAUUUGGUCACAGCCUAUCACGAGGGAGGUCACACGCUGGUUGCCUACUACACCCGUGACUCCCAUCCCCUGCACAAGGUCACCAUCAUCCCAAGGGGCCCCUCUCUUGGCCAUACUGCCUACAUCCCCGCAAAGGAACAAUAUCACAUGACAAGAUCUCAGAUGCUGGCCACAAUGGACUCUCUGAUGGGAGGACGUGCUGCGGAGGAAAUUAUCUUUGGCUGUGAUUCUGUGACCUCUGGGGCCUCGUCUGACCUUAAGCAAGCCACGAACAUUGCAACCCACAUGGUGAAAGAUCUCGGCAUGAGUGACAAAGUUGGGUUAAGAACAUUUGAAGAUAAUUCCGGCCAGCUCAUCAGCACUGGUGAGUCUCUGGGCCACUCGACAAAGGAAGCCAUCGACAGUGAGAUCAAGAGGCUGUUGCAGGAAUCCUUUGACCGCGCCAAGGCAAUCCUGAAACUGCACGCAAGGGAACAUAAGGCGCUCGCAGAAGCAUUGAUGAAAUAUGAAACUUUAGACGCAGAUGAUAUUAAAGCAAUUCUUGACGGCCGCCCUGUUUCAAAGGAUCUAUAGUUUGCAGCGCUUAUACUUCCCAGCCCGAGGUGGAAAAGUACUUAGGCUCGUGGUGUCUGGUUUGUGUGGCUCCGGGGCGGGCUGUGGUUUUUUUUUUUGUUUUUUUUGUUUGUUUGUUUGUUUGUUUGUUUGUGUAUAUAUGUGUGUGUGUGUGUGUGUGUGUUUGUGUGUUUUCUUUUUUAUGUGAGGUUUAUUUGAUUAUUAUUUAUUUAUUUUUUGUUUUUUUUUGUUUCGCUCAUUUUUUUUCGUUUUUUUCUUUUUCAUUUUAGUUAGUUUAUUUUCAUGAUUGUAAAUAGUUAAUGACAUUUAUGGUUCAUGCCUACUACUACUACUACUACUGCUACUAAUACUACUGCUGCUACUACUACUACUACUACUACUACUACUACUACUACUACUACUACUACUACUAUUCUACUACUACUACUACUACCACUACUACUACUACUACUACUACUACUACUACUACUAUUUUUCUCUCACAUUAUUAUUAUUCUUUUCUAACACAUUGAAAAAAGACCGUGUGUGUGUGUGUGUGUGUGUGUGUGUGUGUGUGUGUGUGUGUGUGUGUGUGUGUGUGUGACUUCGUUUUUUCAAUUAUUAUUAUUAUUAUUAUUAUUAUUAUUAUUAUUAUUAUUAUUAUUAUUAUCAUUAUUAUUGUUGUUGUUAUUAUUUGAUGGAACUAAAAUUUUGGAAUCUUUUCAUUUAUCUUUUUCUUUUUUCUUUUCUUAAUUUUUCGUCUUUCCUUUUUUUAAUUCUUUAUUUUAUUUUAUUUUUUUUUAUUUAUUUAUGUUUUUUUUCAACAGUAUUGCCACCACCACCACUACUAAACACUAUAUAAAGAUGCUUGUACGUCACCACCAUCACCACCACCACCAUCACCAUCAUCGUCAUCAUCAUUCAUUGUUAUAUAUAAAGAAGCCGUAUCAUUUUAAUCUUUGCCUUUUUAAACUAUUUUCUAUUCAAUUAAUGUGCUAUCCUGUCUAUCUAUCAAUCUAUCAAUUUAUCUAUCUAUCUAUCUCUAUCUAUCUGGCAGUAUUCUCUCUCUCUCUCUCUCUCUCUCUCUCUCUCUCUCUCUCUCUCUCUCUCUCUCUCUCUCUCUCUCUCUCUCUCUCUCUCUCUCUCUCUCUCUCUCUCUCUCUCUCUCUCUCUCUCUCUCUCUCUCUCUCUCUCUCUCUCUCGCCACCAGCACCAUCACCACCACCGUCAUGACAUCAGGCCUCAUCACCCCCCCCCCCUUGCUUGCCCCACCUGUGUUAAUUAGCGACAGGUGUAAAUUGGUAUAUGAAUAAAUUGGCUAUCUUAUUAAAUUUGAUGUUAGGUAUUAUAGUAAAGAUUUAUCCUGCCUUGUUAUUAUUAUUAUUUUUUUUCUUAUAUGAAGUUGUUCUGUAUAUUAUUGACUUUAUUGCCUCCACCAUGUACGUAUUUGACUUUGCAUAAAAUGUAAUUCUAUU